UUCAAAGACAUAGCUGUGCACGUUUCACUGGAUGGGAUUGGCUAUUACAGGAUAUUCCGGUAUAUAUAUAUAUAUGGUGUCCUUCUGAGAAAUGAAGUAGAUUGUUUUCCAUCUCUGAGGAGGAACAUCUUCAUUUUUACUCUACGCUAAUAAAAAGAACAGCCACGAUGAAGCUGUUUGUGUUCUUGAUGUGCCUCCUGGUCACAGUCUUGGCUGCACCUGUUCCAGAGAGUGAAAGCAAUGAGCAGGUUGCAGCGCAUGCUAAUGAGGCCCUGAGGUGGAUGGAGAUGUACAGGCUGUACCAGCAGCAGGGACUAGUUGGAAACCCCUUCCUCCCUGCUGCUGAUGCUCCUGUUGAUCCAGCUGCAGCUGCAGUGGUGGACGCUGCACCAGCCCAGCCGGCUGACGUCGCCCCCGCAGCUCCCGUCCCUGCUGGAGACGCCUCAGAGGAGGAGACGGAGGAUGGAAACCCUGCCCCCAAAGCUGCAGCCGGCGCUGCUGCUGCUGCUGCUGCCCCCCUAAACUCUGACGAGGUGGAGGAGGCCGAGGAGGUGGAAGCAGCUGAGGCCGAGCCGGCUGUGGUUGACGCAGCACCGGCAGACCCUGCAGCUGACCCUGCAGCAGCUGUGGAGCCGGCGGUGGCUGACGUCCCCGUAGAUGCUGCACCGGUCGACGCUGCUGCUGUCGACGCUGCUGCCGUUGAUGCGCCUCCUGUGGAUGUGGCUCCUGUUGAUGUGGUUCCUGUGGAUGUGGCUCCUGUUGAUGUGGUUCCUGUGGAUGUGGCUCCUGUCGACGUUGCCCCCGAGGUGGCCGUUGAUGUGGCCGUCCCUGCCGCAGCUGAUGUCCCCGUCGCUGCCGAUGUCCCAGCUGCUGUUGACGUUCCUCUGGCCGCUGACACUCCCACGACAGGAGGGGCAGCAGAUCCUGCUCCUCUGUAGUUAUCUUCCUAUAAUUACCAGCCUAGACGUGCUCCUUGAUAAGCAGUUAGAACAGUAGCAGGAAAGUGUCACGGGUGAUGUAGUUGUAGUGCAAAAGCAUUAAAGGCUGUGGGAUAUUGCAAAGACAUCAGGGAAAAAAAUCUGAAAAAAUGUAACACUAUAUGUAAAGUGAAACAACCACAGCAUGUUUUCAGGCCACCAUUGGACUAUUGAAACUGUUGUUUUGGAUUCUUUUCUCUGUCUUUGAAUAAAAUACUUUUUUACAGUUCUGUA